AUGUCUGAUCAGCUGAGAGCGAUAUGGCAGCAAGGCACAUCUGACAUCUCCGAUCGUGCCGCCACGUUAAUCUCAGAUAUCCCUUAUGCUGUGUUGCGAGCAGAACUCGAUCGACGCAAUGAGCGUCGCGAUGUCGACGAUGACAAGCCAACAUGUGGCUCAAAGGACCGAGGAGCUUACAACACACCAAUACAUGUCAUGGCCCUAUUCCUCAUAUUGAUCCUGAGUACACUAGCAUGUUCAUUUCCGGUCCUCGCCCGUCGAUUCCCACGCCUCCCAAUCCCCCGGCGCUUUCUUUUCAUUUCACGACAUUUUGGCACCGGUGUCCUAAUUGCUACCGCCUUCGUGCAUCUUCUUCCUACAGCGUUUGUUUCGCUGACGGAUCCCUGUCUUCCUCGGUUCUGGAGCCAGACGUAUCGCGCGAUGGCAGGGUUUGUUGCAAUGGUCUCGGUCUUCGUAGUCGUGGUGGUCGAGAUGUUCUUUGCGAUGAAAGGAGCAGGUCAUGUGCAUGGGAGCGAAUACGACCAGUUGAUCAGCAGCGGCGAUGGUGCGGCAGAAUUUGACUCGGAGGAAGCCGACUAUUUACGCCUCGAGGGACACGAAUCGACAGACAACAUCCAUAUGAGUAGAAUGGGCGAGGGCAGCAGCAAUCCUACUCUACAACCUUCGAACGGUGCCAGCAAAGACACCGACGAUAUCAGCUUUGAUGACUCGGAGCCCUACGAGACACCUAAUUUGAAUGCACCCAACAACAGAGGCUUUCCGAGUUCGGAGAACCACCGCUUACAUGCGGAUCAUUCUCACCACCAACCAGGCGGCAAAUUGCAAAACCCCCAGCGUCAAUUGCUACAAUGUCUUCUGCUGGAAGCCGGUAUCCUCUUCCACAGCGUCUUCAUCGGAAUGGCUCUCAGCGUCGCAACAGGGACGUCAUUCGUGGUGCUCCUGGUCGCUAUCUGCUUCCAUCAGACGUUUGAGGGCUUCGCUCUGGGGUCGCGCAUUGCCUCGCUCAUUCCGGACCUUUUCGGUCCCUCUUCCCCGAAACCGUGGCUCAUGUCGCUUGCAUAUGGCACGACAACGCCUAUCGGGCAGGCCAUCGGCCUCGUCAUGCAUAAUAUGUAUGAUCCAGCGAGUGCCACAGGCCUACUCAUGGUUGGGAUUACCAACGCAAUCAGCAGUGGUCUCUUGCUUUUUGCCGGCCUUGUCGAACUCCUGGCCGAGGACUUCCUUAGUGAAUCGAGUUAUGCAACGCUCAGGGGUCGACGUCGCGUCGAGGCUUGUAUAGCUGUCGCCAGUGGGGCCAUAUUGAUGGCGUUUGUCGGUGCAUUCGCCUGA